AAAAUACCUAAAAGGUGCAAGAAAGAAAAGCCCUCGAGAGCUGAAGAGCUGUAAUCAAUGGAAAUUCCAGUAUUUACUGUUGAUGCUUUUACCAAUGUGCCUUUUAAAGGUAAUCCUGCUGCAGUAUGUCUCAUAGAGAAUGAGCUACGAGAUGAUCUUUAUCAGAGCAUUGCUGCUGAGAUGAAUUUAUCAGAGACUGCUUUCAUCACAAGAAGGAAUUCUAUGGACUUUUCUUCAGGUGCAAGGUUUGGAUUACGCUGGUUUUCCCACAAAAAUGAGGUCCCACUUUGUGGACAUGCAACCCUGGCCUCAGCAGCAGUGCUCUUUUAUCUGAAAAAAAAUGUCAACCCUGUACUGGUGUUUGAGACGUUGAGUGGGGAGCUUUAUGUGCGUCAGCAUGAAGAAUCUCUAAUAAUGGACUUUCCCUUAAACAAACCAAACCCCCAGGACCAACAUGAAAUCAAGGAUCUUUUAAAGGCUGCUGUAGGAGAUUUACCCAUUCAGGAUGUGUGUUACAGUAAAACCACAAAGAAACUGAUGGUUCGUCUGGCUGACACUUGUGACAGGUCUGAACUUGUGUCUUUGAGGCCAGAGGCAGAGGCUCUUCUGAGAAAUGAAACCACUGGUAAGAUUAAGAGUCUUAUUAUUACACUGAAAGGAGCAGAGAGCACUCAGUCUGGAUAUGACUUUUACUCCCGUGUCUUUGCCCCAUGGGUUGGGGUCCCUGAAGAUCCAGUCACUGGGUCUGCACAUACAGUCCUGGCUGGAUACUGGUCUGAAAAGCUGAAGAAAAAGAAAAUGUUGGCUUACCAGUGCUCCAGUCGAGGAGGCGAGGUAAAGCUGGAGAUAAGAAAUGAUGGUAGACUGGACAUCAUUGGUCAGGCACAGAUCAUUCUUCAGGGAACUCUUAAAAUCUAGACAAACUCAGAGUUGUAAAGUAUUUGAGUAAAUGUAAUGAAUUACUGUACUUGCAUAUCUUUUCAGAUACUUUGUAGUUUUACUGAGUAUCAAAGGUAUUAGCAACUUUUACUCUCUACGCCACUACAUUUCUGAAUUAAUGUCUGUACUCUUUACUCCACUACAUUUUAAAUGAGUGUCGCAGCUAUACACAUUACAUUCUGCAUAGCACCUAGCUUUUCUGCUGCAGUUUAUUUCUGAUACAAAAGAUGUGGUACUGCCUACUACAGGGCACCUGAAGUACUAUAUCUUAUGACCCUUACUCAACCAAACUUGUCAACAAGGUUAUUUUAUGUGAAUGCGAGCUCCUUAGCUUAUCAUAGGUGUUUUACAUGAGAUGAGGACAUGAUGACUACAGCCAGCAAUGAGGCCCAACUCAGCACAUGCAGUGCUAGGCGGCUUUGUUUUUACUUAACAUUAUUUUAUCUAUCAGUGAAGAGACCUUUUUAGAGGAUGUUGUUUUUUGCAAUUUUGAGGUGCUGUUUUAUUUUGGUUUUAGAAAAUUAAUGCGAUUGCUCUCCUUACAAAUCAACUCUUUCUUGUUUUUUGUUACAUGUUCUCUGUGCCUUGUCUUGGACUUUUGUCACUUCCUGUCUCAUGUGGUGUUUGUAGUCAGUUUGUAGUCCAUUUGUUCAUUGUUUCCCCUUGAUUAGUCUCCCCAAGUGUGUCUUGAGAUCUUGUUGGCCUCCGUGUUUCUUUAGUUCCUUGUGAGUUGUUGAAUGUAAUGGUUGUCUGUUUGCUCAUCAUUCCAUUCUUUAUUCCCUGUUGUUUUUGGUUUAUUGUUUUUUUUUCUAGUUUUUCUGUACUUUUACUCAAGUAUGGGUUUCAGAUAAUCUUUACACCUAUGGACAAACUUGUGGUUUUGAUGGAAAUCAAGUGCAUUUAAUUGCUAUUUAAAUCAACGUGUAGGUGCAAGUUAUAUGUCAUUUAAUAAAAUCCAAGUUCACAGA